CUUUGCCUUAUCAAAACGCAGCGUUGCGAUUUCUCUUUCUGCGGAGGUCGUUUCCAGCGAAAGCACCACAAGCGGAGAGCAAAAACGGUGAAACUGAUAAACCUCAGUUAAACCCACUCAGUUCUCUUCGCUUGUUAAUUCUUUUUUUCAAAAUUUAUAUGCAUUUUCCUCUCAUUCCCAUCUCAGGAAAAAAAUGCAAGUCUCUCUCCUCAUUUCACCCUCCAAACUCCCCUCAAUUUUCCCAUUCCACCACCCCAUUUCUCCCCCUCACCAACCCCACAAAAACCUCGCUUCCCGAACCCAAGCCAGCCCCUUCAACUCCUUCAAAACCUCCGGCUAUUUAUCCAAAAUUAGCCGCGCUAUAGAUGAAGAAGAAGAGUACCGCAAAGCCAGAGCAGCUGUCACUAAAAAGGGUAUUGAAGUUGAAGGUUACUUCAUUGAAGGACUCUCUAUUGGCGGCCAUGAAACCUGUGUCAUAGUUCCUGAAUUGAAGUCUGCUUUUGAUAUUGGGAGGUGCCCUUCUCGUGCUAUUCAGCAGAAUUUCGUUUUCAUUACUCAUGCACAUCUUGAUCACAUUGGUGGGCUGCCAAUGUAUGUAGCUAGCCGUGGUCUGUACAACUUAAAGCCUCCAAUAGUAUUUGUACCUCCAUGUAUCAAAGAAGAUGUGGAGAAGCUGUUGGAUAUUCACAGGACAAUGGGACAAGUGGAACUCAACCUUGAUUUGGUCGCACUUGAUGUCGGUGAAACAUAUGAACUGCGGCAUGAUAUUGUUGUCCGACCAUUCAGAACUCACCAUGUUAUACCAAGCCAGGGUUAUGUCAUAUACUCUGUUAGAAAAAAGCUGAAGAAGCAGUACAUUCAUCUGAAAGGGAAACAGAUUGAGAAAUUGAAGAAGUCCGGUGUUGAGAUCACAGACAUCGUUUUGUCUCCAGAAGUGGCAUUUACAGGGGAUACAACAGCAGAAUACAUGCUUGAUCCACGUAAUGCAGAUGCCUUAAGGGCCAAAAUUCUUAUAACUGAGGCAACUUUCCUCGAUGAAGAUUAUAACAUUGAUCAUGCAAGAAAACAUGGUCAUACUCAUUUACUUGAGAUCAUUGAACAUGCUCAAUGGAUCAGAAAUAAGGCUGUCUUGUUAACUCAUUUCUCUUCUCGCUACAGUAUAGAGGACAUUCGUCAAGCUGUUUCUAAGUUGCAGGCUAAAGUGUCAGCAAAGGUGGUUCCUCUAACAGAGGGUUUCAAAUCAAUGCACUCAUAGUCGUGCUUUCAGCGGAUAUAAUGAGUUAAGAGGAUAGAAGAAAUGAGGAAAGACAUGCAAUUUUUCCUUUUGUAAUAUAUGGAUGGUAUGCACAAAAGUUAUUCUGAUUUAAUAGAAAUCUGUUCACGAUGUGCAUUGUUGUUAAAUUUUUGCAGGUUCUUUUAACUGAUUAAAAUAGGAUACCAGGAUGAACUAGGAGAAAGAAAAGGGUAUCAUCAAGGAAAUAUAGACUGAUUUAAUUUACCUAUCUGGCAAUGGCUGUGGUUAUCAUAUCUUUGUGAUUUCCAGAGCAGUAGUGCAGCAACACCUCUGCAAUUUCUACCAGGAUGGCCCUGUGGAUGCAAUGACAUGAAUCUGUUCAUUGAUUUGUCCACCUAAGCUCAUCAGGCACAUCUUCAAAACGACAGCUCAUGAGGUUCUUAUCAAUGGAAGCAUCAUUCAAUACAUCUAGAAGUUGCACGCUAAUGCUUUUGUCCAUUUUAACUUGAUACCAUCUGCAGUGCGCAUGUUUUAUUUUUAAGAUGCCUCAAAAGAGUCCUAGUUGGCACAGUCGAUACGUUAGGAUGAUGUGUUACACUCGUAUAUCCUAGAGGUGGCAAAUGGGCAGAUUCAUGGAUUCAAGUUGAGUCAUUUCAUGUUCAGAUCAUGAAUUUUAGAGGUAGCAAAUGGGUGGAUUUGUGGAUUUAGGUUAAGUGAUUUCGGGUUUGAAUUAUCUCAAAUUUGAAUCAUUUUAAAUUUAGAUCAUAUCAGAUUUAUAUUAUA